AUGAAGUUCUCACUCGCCUCCAUCUGCUCGACUGGCCUCCUCUGCGCCGGUCUCGUCUCUGCGCAGGCCAAGGGCUCCGUGUACGAUGGCGAGGUCGCCGAGGACAUCAAUGGAUCCAAUUACACCUAUCCAUGGCCGGUGAAGCUCUUCAAGUUUACCAGCCAGCUGCAGAAGCUUGAGAUGGCCUUUAUGGAUAUUUCGCCUGAAUGCGACCCCAAUGGCAAGACGGCUCUUCUCCUCCAUGGCAAGAACUUCUGCGGUCCUACGUGGGAGGGAACCAUUCGGGCUCUGAGCCGCGAGGGAUACCGCGUUGUGGCUCCCGACCAGGUGGGCUUCUGCAAGAGCUCCAAGCCUUCAUCGUACCAGUUCAGCCUUCACCAGUUUGCGUGGAACACCCGCGGGCUCUUGGAUGCCCUCGAGGUUGAUAAUGUCACCGUCAUUGGACAUUCCCUUGGAGGCAUGCUCGCAGCUCGAUACAGCCUCCAGUAUCCCGAGUCAGUGGACAAGACAGUCAUGGUCAACGCCGUCGGCAUGGAGGAUUACGUCCAAAAGGGGGUUCCCUACGUCAGCAUCGACACCACAUACACCUCUGAGAACGCCUCGAGCUACCAGUCCAUCCGGGGAUACGAGCAGGCGACGUACUACAUGGGCGAGUGGAAAGACGACUACGACAAGUGGGUGAGGAUGCUGGUCAACAUCUACUACGGUACCGAGCGCGACAACUACGUCAAGAACCAGGCACAGAUCGUCGACAUGGUCCUCACGCAGCCCAUCGCGCACCAGUUCAAGGACAUCAAGACGAAGACUCUCAUCAUGGUUGGCACCAACGACACCACAGCCAUCGGUGCGCAAUGGGCGCCGAAGGAGGUUGCGGCGAAGCUUGGUCACUUUGAUGUCCUGGGCAAGGAGGUUUCGAGCCUCAUUCCGGAUGGACAUCUGGUCGAGUUUCCUGGACUUGGUCAUGCGCCGCAGAUUUCCCAUCCGUCGCUUUUUCAUAAAAAGUUGGUUGCGUGGUUGUCUGAAUGA